GCUGGGCGGGGCGRAGUGGGAGGCGCGGGAGGGCUGCGCGAGCUUUGCUGUGCAGCGAACUGGAGACCAUGUCAGGGGGCAGCAGCUGCAGCCAGACUCCAAGCCGGGCCAUCCCUGGCACUCGCAGGGUGGUCCUCGGCGAUGGCGUGCAGCUACCGCCCGGGGACUACAGCACCACUCCCGGCGGCACGCUCUUCAGCACCACCCCGGGAGGUACCAGGAUCAUCUAUGACCGGAAAUUCUUGAUGGAAUGUAGAAACUCACCUGUGGCCAAAACACCCCCAAGGGACCUGCCCACCAUUCCUGGAGUCACCAGCCCAGCCAGUGAUGAGCCCUCCAUGGAAGCCAGCCAGAGCCAUCUGCGCAACAGUCCAGAAGAUAAGCGGGCAGGCGGUGAAGAGUCACAGUUUGAGAUGGACAUUUAAGGAACCAGCCUUGAGAUGGAGCAAUGCUUCUGGGCCCCUCAGGCCCUUCUCGGGAGAAGAGUCACACCAGCCAGGCCUUAUGAAAGUUUUUGUACUGGGCAGUCGUCUGGGCUUGGGGUCUGCCACCCUGUUCCCUCACUCAGGGCACCUGCUCCCCUUUCCUCUUUGUGAACACCAGCACAUACCUCCUCGUGCCUCCAUUGAUACAGGAGCUGCUACCCUAAAGGGAAUGACUCUCUUACCCACCCAAGUGCCAGAAAGGGGUCACAGAGGAGCCCUUAUGAAAGAUCAUCUGGCACUUCCAGCCCCRUCGUCUGGGACACACCCACCCUUUCCUUAGGUUGGGGUGCCUGGGAAAGCUCCCCUUCACUUCCCUAAGAGAGGAAAUAAAAGCCACCCUCUCCCUAGGGCCAAGA